GCCCUGAAGCUCUCUGCCUCGAUCUCCUUGAACGCUCUGCAGCUACAAACCGUAGUGUUCCCUACUUUCUCCUUGUCGGUUGUAGCUGUUAGUUGAGACUGUUAACUAAUGGCGCCUGGUCCAUCCAAUUCAAAGAGAGGACAAUUCGCUAAUGUGGGCAAUGCUUCCAUGGGUAAGAGAAGCUCAUUAUUAAAUGGCCCACUAGCACCCAAAAAGUCUCCAACGUUAGCCCAAGCAAGAAAAAAAGGCGUAGGUGGUACUUUCCAUAACAACGGGACGACAACAUCUCGUCAACAAAUUAUAUUACAGGCUGUAGGUUUGCAAACUGAGAUGGUUGGUGCUAGUACUGAACCAGCAGCUAAAGGGCCAAGAAGUAUGGUACCUCCUUCGUCCAAUGCUCCUAGUCCUGCUCCAUCAACAAAUAUGAAUCCUUCUGAUCCUUUGGAGGAAGUUUUCGAAGAAAAUGUCCAGCAAGAAACUGAUGGAGGUCCAAGUGAUGGGGAUACCCAAAAGAAGAAAGGAAGAGGGCCCACACGAGGUGUUAGUCUUAACAAGCGGACUGAGAAGGCUGGAAAAAAGCCAGAAGUUGAGAUCGAUGGAUUCUUGGGUCGACCGCUAAAUAGGCAGCAAAGUAAUGAUAUUGGCAUCGUACUUGGUUUCAUCUCACAUGACUAUUACUGGCCAAUUGAUAAGUCGAAAGAAAAGGGUACUAUGCUGGAAGAGGUCAUACUGAAGUUAGAGCUGAAACUUGAUAUGGGAGACAUAAGAGAAAGCCCUGUGGAGAUGGACAAACUUUGGGACUGGUUUCAAAAAAUUGUGAAGGAUAGAAGGAGCAAAACAAAAGCUACUCAUUAUUCUAUCAACAAGCAAAUGGCAAGGCAAAACAAGCCUAGUUAUCUAGAUGAAGAGACGUGGAAAAACUUGUGUGACCAUUGGGACACUGAAAAAGUGCAGGCAAUUGCUCAGAUGAAUGCAGCAAAUCGGGGUCAAGUGAUGAAUCUAAACACUGAGGGAAGAGCAGCCUAUGUUUGCGUGUAUCGAGAGAAGAAAGCACAGCAAGUGAGUGGUGAGCUGUCAAAGAUGGAAUUCUUCAAGUGGCUGGAUACCAAGGAUACUGGAGUUUGGAGGAACCCACACAAAAAAGAACAAUAUGAAAAGAUGCAGGAGCUUUUCAUAUAGUUUUGGGUUACAACUCGGGAUAUUGUCAUGGACUUGGGUAUGGACAGUCAGCCCCAUCUAGGAGGAGAGAUAAUGUGGAUGCCAACUAUGAACAACUAUUCAGGGAUAAAAGCUAGCUACAAGAACGGUGUGCGAAUCUUGAGGAGCAUGUGACUCAACUUAAUGAAAAACAAGCUGAGUCUAAUCAACAACUUGCAGCGACUACUGACAAAUUGACAAGGGUAGAAGAAGAACUUGCAGAAUUUAGGAGGAUUAUGGCGAACCUUCAAGCUAGAGGCAACAUUUAGCUAAACAGAUUACCUUUGUGAUGAUUAGUAUUUUGGAUGCACAGUAGCUAAAGAAGCCAUGCUUAGCUAACUUAGAAUUUUGGUUAUCAACUAGUGUUGAUCUUUUUGCCAUGGACAAUGAUUCGACAGCAUGUACAUGUCGUGAAGUCUGUUCCUAUGAUGUGCAUAACUCUAGAUAUAGGGGC